UAUAGUACAUCUCCGGCCUCCAAUUUCCCUAAUCCCAAACAAACAAUCUUCUCCCGCAAGCAAUGGCUGCUUCCUCUCUUAUCGUAAGACACUUCCUCUCCUCCUCCGGUGGUCCCCUUCGCACAGUUGGCUCUUCUUCCCGCUCUUUCAACGCCAACCCCAUUCCCCCUCUUCUUCGCCCCGUUGCUGCUUACCGCUCCCCUGAACGAUCAACCCCGCAAUGUCGACACUGGGUCUUUGUAUUACAAUGUCAAAGAUCCUCGCUUUUCCCGUACGAUUCCUUCAAUAUGGGUUCUCCAACUAGCAUCUGGAGCCAAGUCUAUAAUAUGGGGCGACAAUUGUUUAAACUAUUAGAGGAACAAUGCUUUUCUGUGAGAGAGACUGAGGAUUCUCUUCGUAUCCGUUUGUAUAUGUUUGGACUUGAUAAGGAAGAUGUGAACAUCACUGUCGAUCACAAAACUCUUACCAUUAAAGGUCUUAAACAAACUGAGGAAGGUUCUCGUCAAGUUCUAUCUACCACAUAUGAUUUAACUGGAAAACCUUACAAGAUUCAUCAGAUUAAGGCUAAGAUAAAAAAUGGCUGUGUGCUCAAGAUUGUCGUACCUAAAAUGAAGGAGGUUAAGGAAAUUCAGGAUGUCAAGAUUAAUGUUAAGAUUCAAGAUUGUAGAGAAGAAGAAGAAGAAGAAGAAUAAGGUUUUGAUAGUUAGUCGCUGACUUAGCAUUGAGACUUUAACUUUUCACUGUAUAGUAGUAGUUACUUGAAAAGCUUAGGAUUGAGAUUGACUGUGUAUGUUUUGAAUUGCUUGAUUACCA